UUUGUAGUCGCCAUUUUGGAUCCGCCAUUUUGAAUUUUUUAAAUCUGACUUCAAAUUCGGAUUCAGCGACUCCAAAAACUUAGUAUAUACUUCGCUACUCAAAUCGAAUUAUGUUUUGUAUUUUUUUUUUAGAUGGCCAUAUGUGGCCACAGACGCAGAGGUGGCACGACUUUUCGUAGUCAUAUAUGGGCCAUGGGCUGUCAAGGGGCAACAGAUUCGGAUGAAGCAGAAAAUGCAAUCAUUACUUACAGUGUUAAAGAAAACGUGGCAUUUUAUGUUCAUCCAAACAUAGGAAGUCUUUACAUUAAUCUUAAUGCAAAAAUGACAGAAUAUGUUACAGUUAUUGCUUCCGAUGGUGUUCAUUCCUCAUUUUUAAAUAUAUCACUCAAAUCACUCAAAUCUGAUAAUAUGGUAGCGCUGUAUGUAACUGAUGCUGUUAUUGAAGACGUUGAACAUAUUGUUGCUGAAAUACAGAAGAACCUUACAACUUGCAUUAUAGGGUAUAUCGGAGCAGGAGUCAUAAACAACUUUAAUAUAAAUUCAAAUAUAAAAAAAGCUAAAAAUAAAGGAACUAGGAAUAUUAUGAUCCAAAUUUUAAUUUAUGGACUUGAUCAACAGACGCAUAUCCCUCUUUCUCACACAAAUUUAAUAAGUGUUUUAAAUGAUUAUGGCGUUUCAAACUUUGCUCACAUAAUGGAAAUUAGUGCUCUUGGAGAUGCAGAGGAGAGCAAUGUUCUUUUAAUUACAACAAUAACAUUGGGUGCAUGUCUUGGAAUUCUAAUAAUUGGAGCUGCUACAUAUUUUACUCGGCAGAGAUUAUGUAAAUAAAUAAAUUCAUAUGUAUUUAUGACAGUGACAACCACUAUUUAUUCUUUAACGUUUCUUAAUAAAAAACAAAGAAUAAUAAAA